GUGGGCAUAACGAAGAUGGCAAAAUCAGCAGUUCUUGCUCCAGCAACAGUCACCGGUGCCUUGAUAAGGUGCGGUAGCAGAACCCCGAAGAGAAUGAAGAAGGUGGUGUAUCUGAAUGGAUUGAAUUCCUAUGGAGGUCUUAAAGCACACAACAAGGUGGUCUCUCUCGGCCUACCACCAUGCACUGAGCAGUGCUUCGCAAAUGUUGUGAGCUCACUCAAGACAACAUCCAAAAGAAGUGGUGGUGGUGCACUUUCUUCUACAUGCGAUGCUGCGUCUGAGAUAUUCAAGAUUGCUGCCAUCAUGAAUGGACUUGUUCUAGUUGGGGUUGCAGUUGGCUUUGUUCUUCUGCGAAUUGAAGCAUGGUUAGAAGAAUCUGAAUCUGAGUGACAAAUAUUCUUCUCUACCUAAUGUUUAAUUGAUUUGUUUUGCUGUAAAAUCAAAGUUUGCAGGAAAACUCUUUGUAAUUUUUCGCAAUAAAUUUAAUCUUUAGUUUACACAUUCA